UUACUGACACCGAGGUGAUUCCAAUCUACGGUAAUGGAGAUGGAGAUGAUGGUGGGAGCAAUAAAGCCAAGCGUGAGGAUUGUGGUAUUCGUUUACCUCCAAGGCCUAAUGCAAAGAGAGUUGAAAGCAUUCGUCAAAAGAUUAUAAACCGUGGCAACCCUUUUAUCCCUGGUCCUGAGACGCUCGAGCAUAUUAGGAGGACUAUUGAUUCUAUAGGAGGAUUACAAGCUUUAGCUCAAGGUGAUGAGUUUGGUUUGACUAAUAUUGUAACCAGUAGAGGAGGAGGAGGUAACAAUAACAACCGUGUGGUGAGAAAUCAACAGAAUAAUUUGAGGUUGUUGUCACCGUUUACUUCUUUCCCGGGUCUUGUUGUAGAUAGCAGCUCGGAGAUGCCACCACCAGCACCAACCUCUGAUGAUGCUUUUGAUGUUGAUAGUUUUGUUGAUACAACAACAGCUAGUUUGAGGACAAACCGUCGUAGGUCUUCACGUAUUGCUGAGAUUGGUCCUUCACCUGCAUUACGAGGCUCUUCUUCUCUUCGUAGGAACCAAAGUAGUAAUACUGCAGGUUCAUCAUCUUCACCUAGAGAUUUUGCUGUUCCUGGGUUUGUUAAUUCUAGUGAAGUGGUUGUUACUUCAGCUUCAUCGUCUAGGAGAAGAACUGAAGAUGUAAACAAUGGACCUCGGACCAGGUCAUCUAGAAGGAGACUAAGCUAA